AUGGCCGAAGUAGAGGAUUCGGGAUCACGGCCGGCCGAAGUCCUUGACCCUCAAGCGGAAGAUAUACCAGGCGGCUUCGAGGAGCCCAGAGACCAGGCCUCUACUGCGCCUGAUCCGGAAGUCAAGACAGAACUAGCAGAAAUAGAGGGGGUACCAUCUGAAGAGGUGAAACUGGAUGAAAAGGAAGAAAUACCACAAGAGCCAGUAGCAGAAAAGUCGAGCAACGUUGAUGCAGCUGUGCAGGUGGAUGAAGUUUCCCUCGCGCCUCCAGACAACGAGCUCGGAGACCCGGACGAGCCACACAUCUUGGUCAUUGAAUCACUACGUGCCCAAACAGCCGAUCUAAUUUCGCAGGUCACUCAACUCAAUGCGAAGCUCGUCAAGUCCUACGAUCGAGUAUCAGAUUUGGAAGAUGACGUGCACGUCUCCAAUCAGAAUCUCCGUGCCGCGAAGUUAAAGGUCACUGCUCUAGAGCUCGAGCGAAACGAACAUCUUUCUGCCCUCAACACAGGCUUACUAGUCGAACGAGAGCAUGUCACCCAAGAGCUCAAGGGCAUGAUGGAGCGCGUCUCGGAUGAAGCUGCUCAACGUGGACAGGCAGAGACGGCGAAGAAGGCUAUCGAGAAAGACCUGGAUGACCUCAGCGCCGCUUUGUUCGCUCAGGCAAAUGCAAUGGUUGCGGAAGCCCGUCUUGAUCGUGCACGAAGCGCUCGACGUCUAGGAGAAUGCGAAGAGGCUCUGAAGGGUGCUGAAGAGGUGGUAAUGAUGGUGCAAAAGCAGAUGCAAGACCUUCGGGAGGAUAAGGAGCGAAGUGAUCGAGAGCUUGAGAGGAUGCAAGAGCUCAUGGGGAAGGGCAAGUAUGUGGAGAAGGAGAAGGCAGUGGUUGUUCUGCCUUUGCGGUUGAUGAACUCGCAUUUGCCUUUCAAGGAGUUCAUGGAUUUCCUCAGCCACCUUCGCAGCAUUCGCCCGACAACACAAUCACCACCGGCGAUUCACACGCUUCUCACUUUACCCUUUCUUACUCGACUCAUCACCGAGGACACUGAUUCCACAGUCCGCUUCGAUCUUGCUCCAUCUUUGAACUGGCUCACAAGGCGAUCGUUCACUACCGCCCUUCAGCAAGGUCUUCUUUUGAUUGAACCCCUGCAUACUUCAUCACUACAGGUUGAAUCCGCCUCCAUCCUGACGUUUUCGUCAUCCUCAGAAGUCUUGUGUGGCCUUUGUGGAUGUCCAGUGUUUGGGCACCAAGCUCGAACUCCCGGUGCUUCCGGCAGUCUGCCUUUGCCUCAUGCAUCUGCCAAACCGAAUUCAACUGCCAACAACUCGGCUUCAUCUUGGACAACCUCGCGUUUUCUGAAAUCCAAUCCCCUGACAGCCUUGAACAGUGCGCGAGUUGGAUCUGUGCCGAACUCUAGUUAUAUUGCCACACCCCCUCCCACUCCUCUCCCCGAGGCCAUUAUUCACGUCUUCCGACUAUCGACUCCCCCAUCACAGAAGCCAGCCAGCCCGUAUCCUUUGUGCCAGUCUGGUUGGUGCCUUGCUCGUCUGCGGACGACUUGCGAACUGUGGGGCUUUGUACGUCGCGGUGUCAUCGACCAUGUAUGGGACGACGAUAUCCCUACUAAUGCAACGCCGCCUCCCGCUGUCCCACCAAGGAAACGCAUGGGAAGUCGAAUUGGAUUUUGGGGCAUGGGUAGUUCAGACAAUGUGUCGGCACCGUCAUUAUCAGUGCCACCGGUAUAUGCCCCACCCACCAACGAUUCCAAACCCCCUCUUCCGCCGCGCAGACAUUCCGAGAUGCCAAACGCCCCAGCUACACCUCCCAGGAGACGAGUGCCGCCUGUUAUCAAGCCGGCUGUAGUCGAGACCCCUCCAACGCCUGGUCCAAGCGCCAAUGGAGACGUGGGAAAGGUAUCUUUGGAUGACCCGACCACAGAUGGGUCUGGUGAAACCAGCGGCACUGGGGAAAAGGCUGAAACUGCAGCUGUCGAGGAGCCAGUGGAGGAAAGCGACAAUGCCGUGGUAAGGGUCGAGUCAGCAACUGAGGCCGAACAGAGUGCACCUGCACCAAAAACUGAGGAUGAGACAAGCGACGUGAAGAUUGAAGAGGCAGCUGCGGAGGGUAAUCUGGAGGAAGCUGCUGCAUCCAAAGACAAGGAGUCAUCUCCCGAUGAGCCGACUGUUAAUGGCACUCACCCUGACACGCCUCCUCAAAGUGCUACUACGGAAAGUCCAACUACCCCUAUGUCUGCACCUCCUCCCAUUCCCCGGCGCGCUGCUGCCCGCAAUCGCAGCACGCCAGGUACACCGACUGGCGCCACGCCUGGCGACUCAUCUGAGAAGCCAGUGACGCCUCUACCUCCCGCGUCACCCACCAAGGAAGUUGCCCCUGUCUCGGCCGUGGAAAUUACCCCUCCGCGCCUUACUUCUGACGCGGAGAACGAAGAUUUCUUAUCCGCUCCAUCCUCGCCUAAGUCGAAGCCAAGCUCACCGACAGAACUGAAGAUCGCACCGUUGGAUAUUCCUACUCUUGUCGAGGCAGUACAAGAAGUGGCACCGAUUGUCAAUGGUACUUCUGAGCAUAUACCUGAUAUAUCCCCCAUUCCACCCACUUUCGAGGAAAAGCCGCGUUUACCACCUCCGAUGCCUCCCCGGCGUCAAGUGCCACCCAAGACUUUUGACAUCCCUGAACCAUCGCCGAUCUCUCCACUCAGCCUUCUGGAGGAAGCUGGUUACACUAACGACGUUAACUGGGAGGAGAAAGCGUGGCGGGAGCUUGUGCGCUUGAGGGAGGAUAUGUUCCUGGCGCGGAUUGGCGCCGUUAGAGCCGACCCGGCGAGCGUGCUGAGCACUGCGUGAUUUUUAGUCCAUACGUACAUAUUUCUAUAGGUCUGGCCUGUUUCGAUUGUAC